AUGAAUCUUCAAGAGCAGCUGCAAGCCGAUCCGCUGGAGCGCCGCCGGCUACAGAACAGGCUCGCCCAGCGCAAGUUUCGCGAGAAGAAGCGGCGAGAGGCAGACGAAAUCCUUACAGGCUCAGAUCUCAGCCACAAUGGAUCUUCCCAAAUGUCGCGCGGCUCGGGAGCCAGCAAAGAAAGCUCCGACGGAGUUGAGCUGGGAGAUAUCGGGGUUACCAUGAAUACAUUUGAUCAGUUUCUUUCCGAUGAGCAUCCGGCUCCAUAUCUUCCCGGCACAGCUGGCUUAGGGUAUUCAUCCGAAGGAGUGGCACCGUUGGAUCCCAUGGCGUGGAGUGAAACGAACCGUCUAUCAAGCCACAACUUACCACAAACAAACGACGAACAGGGUCUUCUGGGCGCACUACAGAGAAGAAACUCGGACUCAGACUUACGAACUGACACUCCAAACAAGAACCCACCACUUUUUCACUAUGACGACCUCUCGGGAAUACUAACGAAAUCUAAGAAAAACGGCUGGCUUGGCAGCUUACACAUCGCCGCUGCACGAGGCAAUGAGAAAGUUCUGCGAGUGCUUCUUUUGAGUGGGAAUGUCGAUAUCAACCAGCAAGACAGCGACAAACGCACACCACUGAUCUAUGCAGCAAUGGAAGGCCGCGAGUCGGUCCUUCGCCUGCUACUCGCCCAUGGUGCUCGAAUAGGUGUAUCCGAUUGCGAUAAUCGAUCCUCGAUACACUGGGCAGUAUUACGCCGAGAUCGCAAAAUGCUGCAGCUGCUAUUAGACCACCGGGCGGAGCAUGAACCGGACCUUGACAUCGACACUCAUGACUCUCAUGGCUGGACCGCUUUACACAUGGCCAUUGAUAGAGACUUUGAGGACGGUAUGCUACUAUUACUGAAUCUGGGCGCCGACAUGAAUGCGAAGGCCGGGAAAUGCCCUAAUGUGAGCCGGGUGGUAGCUUAUUUAGAUUGGAAAAAAAAGAUCUGA